AGCGCCAUGUCCAACUCGUCAUUCGCAGUGGACUUGAAUUUCUUCUUUUAUACACAGCUUGCUACUGGUAUCUGUUUGGCGAUCCUUUCACCCUUAACAAUCGUAAGUAACGCUUUGCUUCUGCUCACUAUCUUCAAAGAUCCUCUAAGGUGCUUUCGUACGCCAGCUACCUACUUUAUCGUCGCUUUGGCUGUUGUCGACCUUACGACAGGCCUGUUGGUCGAGCCUUUUUUCGUCCUCUAUCGCUUUGUACGUUAUUCAACAUGGUCCCUUAUCAUAGGAGAACCGUACUACACGUUGCGAGAAAUUGGAAUCUGGCUGUCGUAUGUUGGGCUAAACGCGUCAUUUCUACUAGUCCUGGGUCUCAUUUCCACGCAGUAUCUUGCGAUAACAUACCCGCAUCUCUAUCGUUCAAUCGUCACAACACGUCGGGUCCUCGCAUGUGUUGUCUCCUGUGUUGGGUACUUCACAGGUUUUAUUCUGCUUCAAUUCGUUGUAUCGCCACAACUGACCCUUUUUCAAGUCGACCUUCACCUCCACUCCACGCUUAUAACAAUCCUCCUUAUCGUCGGUUCAGCGAUGCUCUUGAGGUCAUUUCGCCAAUUUGCUAAAACGUCUCGUCGACUCGCAGGAGGGAACAGCAUCGAACAACGAACCAUCCGUGGGCGCGGGAACAAGCCGCAAACAAACAGGAUAAGCGAGAGGCAGUUUACCAUCGUGACUUUAUUUCUGGCAGGAAUACUUAUAGUGUGCGCUCUUCCUCAUAUCAUUACACUCCAUAUCAGAUUCUACACAAAAAUCGAAACUCGACAAGAGUGGCUUGACUUGUUCGCUGUAAUCACAAUUGGUGACGAGAUGAUGUUUGUGAAGGUGGCUUUAGACGCGUUCAUCUAUGCCUGGAGACUUAAGAAAUAUAGGAGGUCGUUAAAAAUGGCGCUGUCUUGCGGCACCAAUAUAGUCGAGUCUGAAAUAAUUGUUGUGAGGACCAUGGACAAUUUUACCUUUCAACAAGCGAACCCCGAGACGUCGUCGACUCAAGCUACCGGUUUUGGUGCAAAUUAG